CCGGAAGUGCGCGCGGCGGAAGUCGGCCUUGGCUCCGCCCCGGAAGUGCACGGUGUGCGCCCACCUUCGCAGGCGGGAGCUCGGCGCUCGGACUGGGACGCGGCACGUGUGGUGGCCGGGAUGAAGUUCGCGUACCGGUUCUCAAAUUUGCUGGGUACAGUUUAUCGGCGUGGAAACUUAAAUUUCACAUGCGAUGGAAAUUCAGUUAUCAGUCCUGUGGGGAAUAGAGUCACAAUAUUUGACCUUAAGAACAACAAGUCUGACACACUACCCCUGGCCACUAGGUACAACAUCAAGUGUGUGGGGCUAUCCCCAGAUGGCCGCCUCGCCAUCAUUGUUGAUGAAGGGGGUGCUGCACUCCUGGUCAGCUUGGUCUGCAGGUCGGUGCUGCACCACUACCACUUCAAGGGCUCUGUGCACAGCGUCUCCUUCUCUCCAGAUGGCAGAAAGUUUGUCAUCACAAAGGGCAACCUCGCUCAGAUGUACCAUGCCCCUGGGAAGAAGCGAGAAUUCAACGCAUUCGUCCUAGACAAGACCUACUUUGGGCCAUACGAUGAGACCACAUGCAUCGACUGGACUGAUGACUCCAGGUGCUUUGUGGUUGGAAGCAAAGACAUGUCCACCUGGGUGUUUGGAGCUGAACGCUGGGACAACCUCAUCUACUACGCACUGGGGGGACAUAAGGAUGCCAUCGUGGCCUGUUUCUUCGAGUCCAACAGCCUGGAUCUGUACUCACUCAGCCAGGAUGGAGCCCUGUGUGUGUGGCAGUGUGACACACCCCCAGAGGGCCUGAGGCUGAAAGCCCCCACAGGCUGGAAGGCAGAUCUGCUGCAGCGAGAAGAGGCGCAGGAGGAGGAGGAGGAGGAGGAAGGACAGAGAGAGAUCACCAUUCGAGGGAAGGCCACACCUGCUGAGGAGGAGAAGAAGGGAAAAGUGAAGUACUCACGCCUGGCCAAGUACUUCUUCAAUAAAGAAGGAGACUUCAACAGCGUGACAGCUGCAGCAUAUCACAAGAAGAUUCGCCUCUUGGUCACAGGUUUUGCUUCUGGAAUCUUCCAUCUGCAUGAGCUCCCAGAAUUCAACCUCAUCCACUCGCUGAGCAUCUCAGAUCAGAGGAUCACUUCAGUUGCCAUCAACAGCUCUGGGGACUGGAUUGCCUUUGGCUGCUCAGGCCUUGGUCAGCUGCUGGUGUGGGAAUGGCAGAGCGAGUCCUAUGUGCUGAAGCAGCAAGGCCACUUCAACAGCAUGGUAUCUCUGGCCUACUCCCCGGACGGGCAGUAUAUCGUCACUGGUGGGGACGACGGCAAGGUCAAGGUGUGGAACACCCUCAGUGGCUUUUGCUUCAUCACUUUCACGGAACACUCCAGUGGGGUCACUGGUGUGGCAUUUACUGCCACCGGCUUUGUCAUCGUGACCUCUUCCCUGGACGGCACCGUGCGCGCCUUCGACCUCCACAGGUACCGGAACUUCCGCACCUUCACAUCUCCGCGCCCCACCCAGUUCUCCUGUGUGGCCGUCGACUCAAGUGGGGAGAUCAUCUCUGCCGGGGCCCAGGACUCCUUUGAGAUCUUUGUGUGGUCCAUGCAGACGGGCAGGCUCCUUGACGUUUUGUCUGGCCAUGAGGGGCCCAUCAGUGGUCUGUGUUUUAAUCCAAUGAAGUCCAUCCUGGCCAGUGCCUCCUGGGACAAGACGGUGCGCCUGUGGGACAUGUUCGACAGCUGGAGAACCAAGGAGACGCUGACCCUCACAUCGGAUGCUCUAGCUGUGACUUUUCGGCCUGAUGGUGCAGAGCUAGCUGUGGCCACGCUAAACUCACAGAUCACCUUCUGGGACCCUGAGAACGCGAUACAGACGGGUUCCAUCGAAGGCAGACAUGACCUCAAGACAGGCAGGAAGGAGCUGGACAAGAUUACGGCCAAGCACUCGGCCAAGGGCAAGGCCUUCACCACUCUGUGCUACUCUGCAGACGGCCAGAGUAUCCUGGCGGGGGGCAUGUCCAGGUUUGUGUGCCUUUACCACGUCCGGGAGCAGAUCCUGGUGAAGCGGUUUGAGCUCUCCUGCAACCUCUCUCUGGACGCCAUGGAGGAAUUUCUGAAUCGAAGAAAGAUGACGGAGUUUGGCAACCUGGCGCUCAUUGACCAAGAUGCUGGGGAAGAGGACGGGGUUGCUAUUCCGUUGCCAGGUGUGAAGAAAGGUGACAUGAGUUCUCGCCACUUUAAACCUGAAAUCAGAGUGACUUCACUGCGCUUCUCUCCCACUGGGCGCUGCUGGGCAGCCACCAGCACAGAAGGGCUCCUCAUCUUCUCCCUGGAUGCCCAGAUGCUCUUCGACCCAUAUGAGCUGGACACCAGCAUCACCCCUGGGCGGGUGCGGGAGGCCCUACACCAGCAGGAGUUCACUCGGGCCAUCCUUAUGGCCUUCCGGCUCAACGAGAAGAAGCUGGUACAAGAAGUCCUGGAGGCCGUGCCGCGGGAAGACAUUGAAGUUGUCAGUGCUUCUCUUCCUGAGCUGUAUGUAGAAAAGGCACUUGAGUUUUUAGCUUCCUCAUUUGAAGUGUCUCGUCACCUUGAAUUCUACCUCAUAUGGACACAGAAAUUGCUCAUGUCCCAUGGACAGAAGCUGAAGCCCAGUGCAGGGCGGCUGCUGCCUGCCAUCCAGUUCCUUCAGAAGAGCCUCCAGCGGCACCUGGAUGAUCUGGCAAAGCUCUGUGACUGGAACCGCUACAACCUGCGGUAUGCUCUGGCCAUCUCCAAGCAGCAGGGUGUGAAACGCCCCCUGGACCUGCCGGGAGUUGAGGAUGACGGGGAAGCAUCCGAUGAGGACAGUCUGAACCUGCUGGGAGGGGCCGGAGAUGAGCCCACUGCCACUGCGGCUCCUGACUGUCUUGGUUGAGACCUUCCAGAGGGAUGGAACCUCCUGUCACCUGGGCCCAGGACAUGGGAGUGCAUCCAAAGUGCUGGAAUAUUGUCACGGGGUCUCCCUUUUCCGUUGAGAAGCACACAGCCCAUCAGGACAGCGAGCCAACCUGCUAGCACCCAGGCAGGCACUUGGGUGCCAUGGGCCAGGAUCCCUCAGUGAGGACUUUCUAACAUUGCCUUCACGAAAUGUAAAUAGGUUCAUGUUUGUGGACUCAUAUAAACUUAAUGGGAGUUAUUUAUAUUUUUAAUACAAAGUUCUAAAGACAAACUUGGGAUUAGAAACAUGAGAUUCUGGAAAUGUGUUAAUAUACUGUUAGUGGGUGUGAGAAGCUGAACGGCACGCCCGGGAUGAGGCAGGGAAGGCAGGGCAAGUGGCCGCCUGCCUGGGCCUGUGAUCUGGUGAUCUGUCUGCACCGGUCAGGGCAGGGAGCCCCUCAGAACGCUGGCAUUGGAGGGUGUACAUGGGGGAGCUCGCUCAGAGCUGCUGUGCCAGCCUGCACGGCCACACAGUGCCACCCCUGACUAGCGGAGGACACAAAACAAAAUACAGACACAACUUACCUUUACACAAGCUUCAGGACGGCUUCCCUGGCUCUCAGCCUCAGGUUCCCAAAAAGGGAGAGCAAGAGAAAGUCGCGAGAGAGCAAGCGAGUCAGCUUUUCUUGGGGACACACUGUUCUUAGAAGGUUCCAUCCAUAAAAGGGCAGAAAGGGGUAGGAUUUCAAGGGAACGGGUGAGUGUAACUCAACGCCAGGGGCACUCCUACAAAGAAGACAGUCUUGCUCUCCGAGCUGGGUCAAUGCCCAAGCCGCAACAAAUGUGGUCAGAGACUGGUGCAUCAGGCCUGGAAGGCGUGGUCAUUCAAAGCUGCAGCUCCCCACAUAUUUCCCCUUCUUUCUUUGAAAAAGCAGGUGAUGAGUCCCUAGAUUCUUGUCCUGAAGGCACGACAUCUUGUGAUUACAACAUAAGAGAGAAUUAGUAGCAAGGAGAACAGUACAAGGAUGUACCAUGCAGAGUGUUUAAGAAUGCUUCCAGGGUUAAAGCCACUUAACUCUAGAGGUAUUUGAUCAGUUAAAGAAGUAGGAUCCGAAAAAUCAAUCUUACUCUUUUGUAUAUCUUGGUAUAUAGUAAUGUAACUCCAAAAGAUCCAAGCUGCUCUUAUUAUUCUGCCAAAUACCUAACAAAUGGUUUCUAGCCUUCUCCCAGUCCCACUGGGGAGCACUGUAUUUGGCACCACUAAUACACACACAGUCAGCGUGAUGUUUGAGCCUUUCCUUGAAUUUCAAAGCUGAAAGUUCAUUAUCAAUAUUUAUGACAGUAGCCUCGAAGGCAUUUAGCUUAGUCACAAUCCUUUUAUCAAUAUUUGAUUAUGAAGAGUUUUGUUAAGUGUUCUUAGUCAAAUUAUUAAGAAAAUCUGUAUGUUGAAUAUUUUGAGAUUGGCCACCGAAGCUGUGACCAUGGAAGCAAUAAAUGAAACUAAGGCAACUACUCCCAAUACUCCAAGUCCAAGAGCACAUUAGGUCUUGCUAGCUGGGCUUGUGCCUGUUGUAAGACUUGGAAACCAGCCUCAGCGUACCCUGGCUCUGAAGUAUCAGCUGGCAAUGAGAGCAAACAGGGCUGAUGACAUAUUGUAUUUGCGCUCCUUUCCCUCUACUAUAUCUGGUGAUACAGUGAGUAAAAUUACAGUUAUUA